AAAAAUACGCAUAAGAAUAUCUCCCCUUUUUUUAAGUGGAGACUACAUUAUGGAGAACUUUGUUGGGCCAAUCAUUGAAAUUGUGAAGUCUGUUGGUGGUCCAAUUGUGAGAUACCUAAAAUAUCAAAUAAAGUUCAAUAGUGAUUUGGAAGAAUUCAAUGCAAGGAAACAACGCUUGUGUAGCCAAAAGGGUGAAAUUGAAUCCAUACUGGAGACACAGCUUCACUAUGGGAAAGUUGCAAAGGUGGAAGUGCAAGCAUGGUUGGAGGAUGCAGAAAAGUUUGUUGCUAAAAACAUUGCAAAUGAAGUGAAUGGUUGGGGAUGUCUCUCAUGUUGUUGUCGGGUAAAGGUUCUACAGGAAAGGGCUCAAGAACUGCAGGAAAUAUAUGAAAGAGGGGAUCGUUUGGCUAACAGGUGUUUGGUCAGAGAUGAUCCAUCUGCUUCAGUGGAAUUGCCAACAACAGAAUUACAAGGUAGUGGAGAUGUCAAAGAAGAAAUUUUGGCAUGCUUGAUGGGAAAUGAGGUGACAAAGCUUGGCGUUUGGGGAAUGGGGGGAGUUGGAAAGACAACAAUCAUGGAGAAUGUCCACAAUGAGUUGUUGACAAAAGCCAAAUUCAAGAAAAUAAUUUGGGCAACUGUGUCACAACCCCUUGAUAUCUACAAAUUGCAAGAGCAAAUUGCAUCCACCUUGAAGGAAGAAGAUAUACUUAAGCAACCAAAUACAAAUAUACGUGCAGGAAUGUUGUUAAGCGUGUUGCAAAGACAGAUGCGUUUCUUACUGAUUCUAGAUGACGCAUGGGAUAGCUUUAAACUUACAACUGUUGGAAUUCCUGAGCCGCUCAAAAGUAAUGGUUGCAAGUUGGUAUUGACUACACGGUCACAUGCAGUUGCUCGUGACAUGGAAUGUAAGAUAAUUGAAGUGAAGACUCUUUUAGAAAAGGAAGCUUUAAAAUUGUUUAUAAAUAAAGUUGGAGAUAUUGUUUUAUCAGAUCAAGGGUGCAUUAAAGGAACUUUAGAAGCAACUUUAAAGGGGAUUGUAGAUGAAUGUGCUGGCCUUCCCUUGGCAAUUGUUACAGUUGCUGGUAGCUUGAAGGGAGAAUCCGAGCCACGGUUGUGGAGUGCUGCAUUGAAUCAAUUAAAAAACUGCAAAAGAAAUGUAGCAGGUACAGAUGAUGAUAAUGCAUUUGGGGUAUUAAAAUUUAGUUAUGAUCGUUUGAAACCCUCAAAAAUCCAACAUUGCUUUUUAUGUUGUGCAUUGUAUCCAGAGGACCACAAUAUCCCAAUAGAUGAUAUAAUUGAUUAUUGGAUUGAUGAGGGGUUGAUAGAUGAAAUGGAGACUGUACAAGCAAUGAAGGAUGAAGGACUUGAUAGAUUGAAGAAACUUCAAGACAAUUGUCUGUUGGAAUCCAGUAAAUUUGAAAAUGAUAGUGUGAGAAUGCAUGAUCUUGUUAGGGAUAUGGCAUUGCAAAUUACAAGAACGAGUCCUCAGUUCAUGGUAGAAGCUGGUAAGGCAUUGACAAAGCUACCUGAGAAGGGAAAAUGGACGGAAGAACUUGAAAAGGUUUCAUUAAUGUGGAAUAGGAUAGAAGAAAUUCCUUCAAGCAUCCUAUCUUCAAAAUGCACAAUGCUCACAACUUUGUUGUUGUCCCACAAUCAUUUGUCAACAAUUUCAGAAUCUGUCUUUGAGCAUAUGCCUGCGCUCAAAAUUCUUGAUCUUUCCUACAAUUCUCAGCUGAGGAGCUUGCCAAGGUCCAUUUCCAAAUUGGUGAAUCUCACUACACUCUUGUUGCAAUGGUGUCAUUCCUUAACAGAGGUUCCAUCUUUAUCAGAGUUUGGAGCUUUAAAAAAGUUAGACCUUAAUUGGACAGGAAUCAAAGAAGUCCCUAGAGGCCUGGAAAUGUGUACAAAUCUCAAAUAUCUUAGUCUUACAAAAUGGGGUCACGAAAAAUUUUGUGGCAUAUUAGAUGAUGCAAUAUUAUUAAAUCUUUCAAAACUACAACAAUUAUUUGUGGAUGAGAGUAUAGCAUUAAGAGGGGAAGUGAUAGGGAGAUUGGAGAAGCUGGAAGAUUUUCAUGGCAGGUUCCCUACAGUGCAUGACUGGAACAUCUUUUUGAAAUGUGUUAAUGAUCGAGGAGUUCAGCUGAGUAGAUACUUUCUUAGAGUUCGAAAUUCUACUUUUAUGGGCCGUCCUGGAGGUUAUCGCACAGUGGAAUUCGGUGGAAUAGAUAUUGUUGGAGAGAAUAUAUUAUUGCCACCCUCAUUAAAUGGAUUAUUCAUUCAUAAUUGUGACAACCUAAGAAGCUUAAAUGAUUUUUAUUCCAUUAAAGAUGCAAAAUAUUUGAAGAGUUGCGGGAUUCUGCGGUGUAACGGAAUGGAGUGCGUUUUUUCCUCUUGGAUAAACCCACCCGUACAAACCCUCGAGGAAUUGACUCUUAUUGCAUUGGACAAGUUGGAAGGCCUAUUUGAAGCAGAGAUGAUUGCCAUCUCUUACCCUGAUAAAGUGAUGUUAGUUGCACCUGCCAUGCUUAUUCAUGUUUUGAAGGUCAAGAUGUAUCCUUGCAGGAGACCAUGUUCAGCUUCCCUGAGAGGAAAGGGUUGGGAAGAACCUGUAUGGAGAUGAAAUCAGCUCACAUAUUGUAGGAUGAAGGAUGCCCUAUACAAUCAAGGGUGUGCUGCCGAUCUAGUUGCUGUUAUGUCUGGAGAAAGACCGUCCAUGUUCACUGGCUCCUUUAAUCCUUAUCUUGAUUCCUCUCAGAUAUAACAUGGUAUAUAAAAAAGGAUGAUGAAGAUGGGACAUUGAGUGAAGAUGAAGCUGAGAGUGCUAUUUUACAAGGAUGUUGAAAUCUCAACUGUUGAUGGUUUCCAAAGUUCAGAGAAGGAAGCCUUUGUCAUUUCCAUGGUUCGACCAAACAAAACCAAUUAAAGAGGUAGGGUUUCCAAGUGACUGUAGGCGAAUGAACGUGGCUGCAACACAAGUGUCUAUGACACAGAAACAUUUGUUGAUGGAUUCUUAAACUUUAUUUGGCUGAGCACUUUGAGGAGCAUGAUGAGUAUCUAAGUGGCUUUGGAUUCUGUAAUUAUUUCUUUGCAGCGGCCUGCUUAAGUGUCUAUACUGUGGUGUUGGGUUUGAGAACCCCUUUGUGCUUUCAUUCAAUGAAAUCAAAAUAGGGAUGAUGUGUGUAUUUUAAAUAUUGGGGUUGACAUUGACGGUUGAUAUACAAUAGCUAUUGCAAGUUGUCCUGAGAAGUAUCAGAUCUGGAAUUGGACUAGAUGUUGAGAGAUGUAUUGAAAUUUGAGUAUGAAUUGAUGUUUGA